CAGGUUCCAGAUGCUGCGGGAUGUUGCCUGUGCGGAUGGUGUGCUCUAACAAGACUUUAAGUAGGUGUGAUGUAUCACACUAUCAUGGCGACCAAGGUGUUGGCACCGCAUUCGAUCGUCCACCUACUCGUUUGGUAAAUUGGUUUCAAAGGUGGUAAGUGACUGGGCCACUGGCGCUCAGGACAUUUAUGAUAUUAAUACCCGUUGUCUCUGGACGAUAAGGCGCUCACCCAACCAGUCUCUCCUCUCAAACUGUACUAUCGCGGACACCAUGGGUUCGUUAUACGAUCAUAGCAUUGAGCCGAACUCCGAAAAGCAGAUUGUCCUGAAUCCGAGAGAACGAGCGCGCAUUCUGCGCAGGAUCGAUUGGCACCUAUUACCUUUCGUGACAAUAUUUUUCUUGUUGUCGUUCUUAGACAAGGCCAAUAUUGGAAACGCGACGGUUGCUGGAAUGGCCACAGACCUGAAAUUGACCGGCUUCAAGUAUAACAUUGCUGCAGCCGUCUUUUUUAUCCCAUACAGCUUUGCUGAGGUCCCCUCGAACAUCGCGCUCAAGCUAUUCAGACCAUCGCGCUGGAUACCAUCUAUCAUGGUCGCGUGGGGUGUUGUGAUGACCCUUAUGUGUCUCGUCAAAUCAUACCAAUCACUCGUUGUAGCUCGAGCGUUUCUUGGUUUGACAGAAGCAGGAUUAUUUCCCGGAGUAAAUUACUACAUCUGCCUCUGGUAUCCACGUUCAGAACGGUCCAAGCGCAUUGCCAUAUUCUUCUCCGCAGCAUCAGUCGCAGUCGCCUUCGGCGGACUCCUUGCGUAUGGCAUUGAGAGGAUGGAAGGGGUCGGAGGAUUGCAUGGUUGGCAAUGGAUUUUCUGCUUGGAAGGCAUUGUCACUGUCCUCGUCGCGUGUUUCUCUUUUUUCUAUAUGGAAGAUUAUCCUGAAACGGCCAAGUUUUUGACCGAACCAGAGAGACUAUACAUUAUGAAUAUGCUCAAACAGGAUGCGAAUGAUCUUUCCACUCAAUUCGAUACUCAAUUCGUCUGGCAAGCUGUAAAAGAUUGCAAGACUUACGUCCAAAUGCUCAUUUAUAUGGGGUUGCUCGUCCCUGGUUAUGCCAUUUCGCUCUUUGCACCAACCAUCAUCAACGAGCUUGGCUACUCUGCUGCGAAUGCCCAGCUGCUCGUAGUUCCACCAUUUGUUGCUGGCGCUAUUGGAACAAUCAUAGUUGGCAUCUAUUCUGACAAGCACAAUCUUCGUGGCCCGUAUAUCAUUGGCGGCGCUCUUGUAUCUCUUGUGGGAUAUAUCCUACUAUAUUGCAGCGUACGGGCGGGCCCGUCGUACGCUGGAGCUUGUCUGGCUGCUGCGGGAAAUUUUCCAACCGUUGCAGUGGUUCUUGCUUGGGCAGGCUCGAAUGCAGGAGGCGAUUUAAAACGUGGAGUUGUACUAGCGAUGGUCAUUGGCGUUAGUAACCUUGGAGGUGUUUGCUCCUCCUUCAUUUAUAUGGAUCCGCCACGUUUCCACAUAGGGCAUGGCACCAUCAUGGGAUUCCUUUCUCUAUCAAUCAUAAUGAGCGUCUUCGCUAUGUUGGACUAUAAUCGGCUGAACAAAAAGAAAGAAGCACUGUGUCUGGCAGAAAAUAUCACAGAGGACAGAGGAUACGAAUUCAAGGACAUGGGCGAUGCCAGUCCGCUUUUCAGGUACACCAUAUGAGACAUACAGCUAAUUCAAGCUGUCCUUUCUAAACGCCCUUUGAUUGCACUUCGGGAUUAACAAAUACCUACGCCUCAUUUGUGACAGUACCAGCAUGAUGGAAUAUCACAGAUACUUGUCAGAUGAUUAUUUGCAAUACAGGCCCAUCAGUUUUUAAGGU